AUGCUUCUGAUCUUUUUUACCAGGACGGUGAUCUGGGAUAAGAACAACGUCAGUCCUCAAGGUCUUCAGGAUGUAGCAGCUGCUCUGGAGAAGUGAGGAGCAAUGGGAUUCUGUGUGUUUGUUUGUGUUUGUGUGUGUGUGAGUGUGUGUGUGUGUGUGUGUGUGUGUGUGUCGCCUACUGUGGUGAAUUAUUAUAACCAAAAACACUUCCAGAAUACAAAUGAUGAUACAGUAGGCUGCUGUGGUGAAGAAAGAAAACAGUGUGGUUAUUGUGUACCUCUCUGCUCCCCUUGGGUCUGGUCUGGUCUGCUGUUCAUCCCUGGCAGGGGUGAGAAAGAGGGUUGAAUGGGGUUAGAGAGGAGAGGAGGUUAGCGGAGAAAGAGAGGUAGGGGAGAGGAGAGGGGUGAUGAAGAGAUAGAGUGGAGGGUGCAGGAGGAGAGAAAGAGGAGAGACCGAGAGAAGAGAGAGGGUGGGGGAGAGAGAGACCAUAUUAGAGACACAUAUUUCCCUCAGAUUACAGCGAUCCACAAAGAAUUCGAAAACAAACCCAAUUUUGAUAAACUCCCUUAUCCACUGGGUGAAAAACCACAGUGUGCCAUCACAGCUGCAAUAUUUGUGACCUGUUGCCACAAGAAAAGGGCAACCAGUGAAGAACAAACACCAUUGUAAAUACAACCCAAAUUUAUGUUUAUUUAUUUUCCCAUUUGUACUUGUUUCCUAUUUGCACAUUGUUAUAACACUGUAUAUAUACAUAAUAUGUAGGGGUGUAACGAUUCGUUUUAACAAUGAUUCGAUUUGUAUCACGAUUCGUGGUUGUCGAUACGAUUCAAGGACGAUAUUGGUUCAUUUAGAACGAUACGAUCCGAAACGAUUCAGUGACUUGAAAUCGAUUCAGUAACCUUUUAGCCAAAAAUUCAACCAGUGUGACUGAAAUAAAUACCUGGAUACUGGACAGUGCAGGUGAAGUUUCCUAGAUUCCUGUUUCUUGUAAGGACCGCAAUGGUGGCUUGAUAAUUUUUCUCGCUCGUCGGCUUCUCCUCUGUCGUCCGCCAUGCUAUGUUUUGUUGUCUUUGCGCCUUGCGCUGCUGCUGGCGCGGGGCGAUGACGUCACGGAUAGGCAGACUGAUGAGUAGAAUGUUUAAAGGCCUUUAUCAUGAAAGUGCUAAGAAAAAACAUCCAUAUAAAGUCUGGACGUGCUUAAAUCCAAUGGGUUAUUUCCUAAGUAUCGAUACAAUCGAUUGUAUUACAUUUUAAAACAAUGGUAGAUUGAUAUAUGUUGUCCAAAAGGCCAACUCGCCGAGCACAGAUCGAUGUAGUUGGAUCAUAGGAAUAUAAAUCGAUACAUCGAUGAUAGUAGAUGGAUCGUUACACCCCUAAUAAUAGACAUUGAAAUGCCUUUAUUAUUUAACUUCUGAGGUAAUGUUUAAUGUUAAUAUUAUUGUUGAGGAGAGAGAAGAGAGAAGGAGGGGGAGGAAGAGAGAGGAGAUAAGAGAGAGGAGGGGAGAGAGAGACGAGAGAGGAGUGGGGGAGGAAAGAUAGAAGAGAAGAGGGUGGGGAGAGAGAGAAGAGGAAGAAGAGAGAGGGAGGGGGAGGGAGGAGAUGAGAGAAGAGAGAGAGGGUAGGGAGAGGAGAGAGAAGGAGAGAGGGAGGGGGAGAAAGAGGAGCGGAGAGAGAAGAGAGAGCUUGGUGGGGGAAGGAGGACGAGAGAGAGAGAGAGAGGAGAGAGAGAGAUGAGAGGGUGGGGAGAGGAGAGAGGAAGAGAGAGGGAGGGGGAGAGAGAGAGAAGAGAGGAGGGGGCGGGGAGGAGAGGAGAGAAGAGAAGAGAGAGGGUGGGGGAGAGAGAGAGAAGAGAGGGUGGGAGGAGAGAGAGAAUGAGGAGAGGAGGGGGAGAGGUGAGAAGAGAGGAGAAGAGGAGGGGGGGGGGGAGCGGAAAGGGAAAAGAAAGAGAGAGGGGGGGGGAGAAGAGAGAGAAAAAAGAGAGAGGGGGGGGGGAGGAAAAAGAGAAGAGAGAGGGGGGGGGGAGGAGAGAAGAGAGAAGGGUGGGGGGAAAGGGGAGAGAAAGAGAGAGGGGGGGGAGAGGAGAAGAAGAAAGGGGGAAAAGGGGGGGGGCUGGGGGGAGAGAGAGAGAGGAGAGGGGGGGAAGGGGGGGAAAAAGGGGGGGGUGGGGGGGAAGAGAAGAGAGAGAGGAGAGGAGAGAGAGAGAAGAGGAGAGGUGGGGGGUGUAGAGAGAGAGAGAGGAGAGGGAGAAGAGAGCGAGGGUGGGGACGAGAGGAGGAGCGAGUAGAGAAGCGAGAGGUGGGGGGAGGAAGAGAGAGAGAGAGAGAGAGAGCGAGAGGGGGGAGAGGAGAGAGAGAAGAGAAGAGAGAGCUGGGGGAGAGGAGAGAGAGAAAGAGAGAGAGGGGGGGGAGAGGAGAGAGAGAGAGAAGAGAGAGGAUGGGGAGGGAGGAGAGAGGGUGGGGAGAGAGGAGAGAGAAGAGAAGAGGAUGGGGGGGAGAGGAGAGCAGAGAGAGAGAGAAGGAGGAGGGGGUGGGGGAGAGGGGGAGAGGAGAGAGAGGGUGGGGAGAGGAGAGAGAGAGGCUGGGGGAGAGGAGAGAGAGAGAGAAGAGAGAGGGUGGGGGAGAGGAGAGAGAGGGUGGGGAGAGGAGAGAGAGAGAAGAGAGAGAGGCUGGGGGAGAGGAGAGAGAGAAGAGAGAGGGGGGGUGGGUGAGAGAAGAGAGGGGGUGGGGAGAGGAGAGAGAGAGGGUGGGGAGAGGAGAGAGAGAAAGAGUGCAGGAGGAGGAGAGAGUGGAGGAUGCAGUAGGAGAAAGGGUUGGGGAAUCGGGAGGAGAGAGAGAGGGGGGGAGGAGAAGAAUGGCAGACAAGCACCAGAUAGGGUACCAUGUGAUUGGCUGUCUAUGAAUUUAGAGAGGAUCUGAAUGAUAUUAGGAUCCACUCAGUGAUGUGAAAAACAGCCCUCCUGUUUUGUGUCUGGGCAUCUCCUUUGUUUCAUCCUCAUUUAAAUAGCAUCUACAUUCUGUAAUUGCUGCAUAACAAUAAGCGUUGGCUGGCUGGAUGCUUACCUACCGCACUGUGAUGAAUCUGAUGCUUACCUACCGCACUGUGAUGAAUCUGAUGCUUACCUACCGCACUGUGAUGAAUCUGAUGCUUACCUACCGCACUGUGAUGAAUCUGAGGAGGCUGGUGAUUUGUAAUCUGCUUUGUGAUGAGGAUGGAGGGGAACCCUGUGGUACGCAUGGUGGAGAGGAGGGGGGAGGGGAGGGAGUGAGAAACAGAGAGAGAGAGAGAGAGAGAGAGAGAGAGGGGGAAGGGGAGAGAGAGAGAGGGAGAGAUGGAAAGAGAGAGAGGAGAGAGAUAAUGAGAGAAAGAGAUAAUGAGAGAGAGAGAGAGAGGAAGAGAGAGAGGGAUAUAGAGGGAGAGAGAUGGAGAGAGAGGAAGAGAGAGAAGGAGAGAUAGAUGGAUAGAGAGAGAAGAGUAAAGGGAGAAGAUAAACUCUUCAGUAUAUCUGGUUCAGUAGAUCCUCUCGUCUCCUCUCCUCCCUCCAUCUCACUCAUCCAGCCUCAAUACAGAACUCCAUUAUGCUAUGCUAUUCAUAUGAGGAGCUGUGAAGUACGUUCUGAGCUGAAUCCAGAAAAUAGCUCAGUUUGUCCUCCAUCUAUUGAUAAGAGAUAAGUGGCUAUCUUUAUGUAAACACCCUGGGUUUACUAGAUAAUUGUCCAUCUUUAUGUAAACACCAUGGGUUUACUAGAUAAGUGGCCAUCUUUAUGUAAACACCCUGGGUUUACUAGAUAAUUGGCCAUCUUUAUGUAAACACCCUGGGUUUACUAGAUAAGUGGCCAUCUUUAUGUAAACACCCUGGGUUUACUAGAUAAGUGACCAUCUUUAUGUAAACACCCUGGGUUUACUAGAUAAGUGACCAUCUUUAUAUAAACACCCUGGGUUUACUAGAUAAGUGGCCAUCUUUAUGUAAACACCCUGGGUUUACUAGAUAAUUGGCCAUCUUUAUGUAAACACCCUGGGUUUACUAGAUAAGUGGCCAUCUUUAUGUAAACACCCUGGGUUUACUAGAUAAGUGACCAUCUUUAUGUAAACACCCUGGGUUUACUAGAUAAGUGUCCAUCUUUAUGUAAACACCCUGGGUUUACUAGAUAAGUGACCAUCUUUAUGUAAACACCCUGGGUUUACUAGAUAAGUGACCAUCUUUAUGUAAACACCCUGGGUUUACUAGAUAAGUGGCCAUCUUUAUGUAAACACCCUGGGUUUACUAGAUAAUUGGCCAUCUUUAUGUAAACACCCUGGGUUUACUAGAUAAGUGACCAUCUUUAUGUAAACACCCUGGGUUUACUAGAUAAGUGACCAUCUUUAUGUAAACACCCUGGGUUUACUAGAUAAGUGGCCAUCUUUAUGUAAACACCCUGGGUUUACUAGAUAAGUUACCAUCUUUAUGUAAACACCCUGGGUUUAUUACUGCUGUAUAUGCUUUAUGUUCACCCCAGCCUUAUAUUCCCAUCGGCCCAACCUGUGCCUCUGUCUGAAUAGACCAGGUUCAGUCUGCUACCUGUUCUGGCUGGGAUUUCACUGAGGAAUAGUGAAACGACAUGGCCGUCUGACUGAACAUGUGGGCCUAUUCCUUAGCAAUCCCUCAGAGACGUAUAGCUGCAUCUCACAAAAUAGAAAGAGAUUCUCAAAGUGACUGUUGGUUUUUACAGCUCUUUUUUCUUUAACCAAACAGUGAUAUCAAUCCAAAGAUGUCUCUGGAGCUUUGGCUUGUUGUGAGACUGUUGAUCAGAGACCCUAUAGUGAGUUGAUGUAUAUUCUAAUUGUCCCAUAUGAGCCGUGUUUGAAGGGGGUUGUAGUUAUGUAGAGGACUGUGUUAGAUCAGGUCCUGUAGGAGCUAGUGGUCCCUGAGGCUGUGUAAGGUUCAGUCUUUAACUAUUCCCUUUAGUGACACACUGAGGCCUUUCUGACUACAGAUUAAGAAUGAAUCUACCGUUGGGGCACUUCACCUGAGCGACAGAUACUCAGUCAGUUCAGUCCCAGUCUCUCUCUCUCUUUCCCUCCAUCUCUCGCCCUCUCUCUCUAUCUCUCUUUCUCUCUCUCUCUGGUCCCCCCACGCCUAUGAUUAUUAAUAUACUAUUCUGGGCAGACUUUCCAUUUGCAGAGGAUCAGUAACCUCACUUAUGAGGUCAAGUCACAAUCAAGAUGAAAUGGCUUGUUUCAGACCUGCUCUUCUCUCUGUCAGCUGCCAGGGCUGAGCUCUCACACACACACACACACACACACACACACACACACACACACACACAAACACACACACACAGUCUUGAACAACUAGCCUUGAGAGAUGUGGGGACACAAAAUUCAGUCCCAUUCAAAGUCCUAUUUUCCCCCCUAACCACUAACGCUAACCCCUAACGCUAACCCUAACGCUAACCCCUAACGCUAACCCUAACCUUAACCCCUAACGCUAACGCUAACCUUAACCCCUAACGCUAACGCUAACCCUAACGCUAACCCCUAACGCUAACCUUUAACGCUAACCUAACCCUAACCUUAACCCCUAACGCUAAUGUGAUGGGUGAUUUGAAGGAGUCAGGCACAGGAGGGUAAAUCACAGUAUACAGAGUUUAUUCCGUAAUCCAGCGUAACCAGUCCAGUGCGCAAAACAGGCACACUGGAACAAACAUGCACACGGGGAAAAUACCCCGGCAAUACAAAAUACUGAGUUCAACUGAGCUACUAAUUCUCACAAUGAACAAUCACCCACAAGGACAAGGGGGCAGAGGGAACACUUAAACACGUACUAAUGAGGGGAAUAUGAACCAGGUGUGUGUAAUUGACAAGACAAGACAAAUGGAAUGAUGAGAUGAGGAGCGGCAGUGGCUGGAAGGCCGGUGACGACGAACGCCGAAGCCUGCCCGAACAAGGAGGGGAGGCAGCUUCGGAGGAAGUCGUGACAGCUAACUCUAACGCUAACCUUAACCUUAACCCCAAAACCUAAACCUAACCCUAAACCUAACCCUAGCUCAUAACCUAACCCUAACCCUAACCCUAAACAUAAUUCUAACCCUAACACUAAUUCUAACCUUAACCCUAAACCCUCUAGAAAUAGCAUUUGACCUUGUGGAGAUUAACAAAAUGUGGUCCCCACAAAUAUAGUUAAACACGUCCAUACAGACACACACACACACACACACACACACACACACAUCCAGCGGGUGGGCCUCUCUUGAUGUGCUCUAGUCUGUCGUUGUAGCCGCGGAGGCAAAUGUUUCUAUUCUGGAGGGUUCAUUAGAAAAGCAUUGCUCUGUGACAUUAAUUAAGUACAUUUGGGGUCCAUUUUCCUAUUCAAGUGUUGAAUGUCAGUUAAAUGUAUAGUGCUAGAAGAUAGAAUCACAUUAAUAAUGUAACAUAAUAAUUAACUUUAUUAAUUAAAUAAUUAAAUAAACAAAUUAAUAAUCACACAUAAUAAUUUUAGAACCUAUACUGCCACAUUAUAAUAUUCAGGAAUAUUAGAGUAACUCAUUACAUUUACAUUUAACAUUUAAGUCAUUUAGCAUGACUGGCUUUUAAACCAAUUCAGAUUUCUAUAACUAAUUGGGUCAUAAUAUCUGUUUUAAAUAUGAAUACAGCAAUCAAAUAUUAAUGACAAUAUAUGGUUAAAUAUGGCUGUAAUGAAUAAAUACAUUAUACUAUCUGUUUAAAUUAUGCUACAUUUAUGAGACCGUCCAUCUCCUUGACAGAAACUUCACCAUCCGGUUCAUGCCGAUCCCCAUCAUCGAUGCGUCUCAGGCUCUCAAAGCCGGCCCUGAGAAGACUGAGGACGCCCUGCUCAAGGUGAGUCAAGCUCUUAAAGCCCUGAGAAGACGGAGGACGCCCUGCUCAAGGUGAGUCUGGCUCUUAAAGCCCUGAGAAGACGGAGGACGCCCUGCUCAAGGUGAGUCCGGCUCUUAAAGCCCUGAGAAGACUGAGGACGCCCUGCUCAAGGUGAGUCUGGCUCUUAAAGCCCUGAGAAGACUGAGGACGCCCUGCUCAAGGUGAGUCAAGCUCUUAAAGCCCUGAGAAGACGGAGGACGCCCUGCUCAAGGUGAGUCAAGCUCUUAAAGCCCUGAGAAGACGGAGGACACCCUGCUCAAGGUGAGUCCGGCUCUUAAAGCCAGCCCUGAGAAGACUGAGGACGCCCUGCUCAAGGUGAUCAGGUUCUAUAAGACACUGAGUACCUUGUUGAACCAUGGUUGAACUAUCAAUCAAUAUCAUUAUUUUUCCAAUUGGGAUUUGUUGUGUUAUCUGGGUACAAAAACAAUGAUAACAUAUAUUCACCUAACACACCCAUAUGAUAACAAAAGCUAUGAGCUAUAACCGUUGUGCUACUGCCUGACAAAGUAAUGCUCUCUCCUCUCUUCAGAUUGAGAACUACCUGUUCCGGAACCAUGAGACUCGUAAAUACCUCCAGGAGCAGGCCUACCGCCUCCAACAGGGGAUCGUUACCACCACCACUCAACAGGUGACACACACACACACACACACACAUAACACACAUAACACACACACACAUAACAGUAUUUAAAAAUAGAUUACAAUCUAAAUACAGCUGCAGAGGUCAAACCGGGGUCAGCAACACUGGGGUCAGCAAUACGGGGGUCAGCAAUACAGGGGUCAGCAACACAGGGGUCAGCAACACAGGGGUCAGCAACACGGGUCCUAGCGUGACUUGAUUUAGUUGACUUAUUGAGCGUAGCAUUGUGUGUAUUCACCCCACCAACAGCCUGUAAUCUCCCUCCAGUGAAACUUUCUCCCCUGACCCACUCUGCUUCUGGUAUGCAAGCUGUUUUAAUUAGUUUCCCGCAUCCAGUGCAGGCGGGAGGGAUUGUUAAUUGCGCUACCGAACUGCCCCUAAUCAAAACGAAACAAAACGGCCUAAACCCAGCCGUCAGAAAACACAGAAAAUUUAACUUUUUUCAAUGUGUCAAUCACUCUCGAGUCAUCUGGGACCCACGAGCUAAGCCCAAGGGACUACUAGGGGGGCACUUGAACAUUCGUAGUGUCAUUCCAAAAAGUGAUCAAAUUCAACAUCUACUCACAGACUCCAACCUUGACUUUCUCUGCCUCUCAGAGACAUGGCUCCAUAGAAACUCUCCAUCUGCUGCUUUGAUUGUGCCUGGCUACAAUGUUUUCAGGAGAGACAGGACUGAAGGAAGAGGAGGGGGGUGUGAUGAUUUAUAUUAAAGAACAUAUCCGAUGUAAACAAAUUGAGUGGUCAGGUGAUAAUGAACUAGAAUGUAUUGGCCUGAACAUUACACUGUCUCCCCAAAUGUCUUUUACCCUCAUUGGAAUGUAUAGGCCACCUUCCACCAAAAGUGUGUUUUUUGAUCAGUUUAAUAACAUGCUUAGGGAAUGUGAUUUUGGGAAAGAGGUCAUCUUAAUGGGAGAUUUUAACAUUAAUUAUGAAGACAAGUGUUGUAGGAAAACCCUCAAACGGAUCACUAAUACCUUUGACCUUACACAGCUAGUUAAAGGGCCAACCAGGGUGACUUGUUGCUCUAAAACACAGAUUGAUUUGGUGAUCAGUAAUAAACCAGAGAGAGUGACUAAAUCAUUCAAUAUGGUUACUGGGCUAUCUGAUCAUAAUCUGACACUUAUAGCCAGAAAGCUGUCUAAGAGCAGGUUUAACCUCUCUACUGUUAGAAAGCCUGAUCAACUAAGAAUACCUAAGAGUGAAUUAAGCUAUUUUGAAAAUGCAAUUAAGGGAAUUAACUGGAAUGAUCUCUUGUCCUAUGCAGACGUGGAAGCUGAUAGUCAAGUUUUUCUAUCCACAAUCCAGACUACAUUAAAUGGUUUCCUAAAGAAAAUCAAAUCCAAACCUGGCCAAAAGAACACUCUUCCUUGGCUAAAUGGAGAAAUCUGGAAAUUGAUGAAAGAACGAGAUUAUUAUCUAAAAAUAGCCCUAAGAUCCAAAUUAGAGCAUGACAGACGUAGGUUUACCAUGUUGAGAAAUAAGGUGAUGAAAGAAAUCAGACAGGCCAAGGCAAACUUUUUUAUUAACAUAAUUGGUGAAGCAAAGGGAAAUUCUAAACUGAUCUGGGAGAAUCUAAAAAAGUUAACAGGGAAAGACCAUAGUAACACUGCAAAAAGACUAGAAAUCAUGGUGAAUAACAAUCUAACACAGGAUGCAGUCGAAAUAGCAAUAGCCUUCAAUUCCUACUUUAUUGACUCUGUCAGGGUACUGACACAGAACCCCUCCACUGGUUUCUUGGGCUCAGUGCUAGUAAAUGAUGCUCAACCUGUCUUUAUCAUAAGGGAGGUUUCUGAGUCAAAGGUAGACAAGGUGAUUAGCUCACUAAAGAACUCUAAAGCCAAAGAUGUGUUUGGGAUGGACUCUACCUUUCUUAAAAACUACAAAGAGUCACUCAUUGGCCCCAUUACCAAGGUCACCAACACAUCUAUUGGUCUCGGGGUGUUUCCAAGGGUAUGGAAGUCGGCCAUAAUAACGGCCAUCUUUAAAUCAGGCGACCCUGCUGACGUGAGUAACUACAGGCCCAUUAGUAUACUACCUGUGGUGUCAAAGGUUGUUGAAAAGUGUGUAGCAGAACAACUGAUUGCCCACCUCAACAACAGCCCCUUCACAUUACAUUGCAUGCAGUUUGGCUUCAGAGCGAAACACUCCACAGAAAUGGCCAACUGUUUUUUUCUGGAAAAUGUGAAGUCCAAGAUGGACAAAGGGGGCGUUGUUGGGGCUGUGUUUCUGGACCUAAGGAAGGCUUUUGAUACUGUUAACCAUGAGAUUCUCAUCACAAAAUUGUCCAAGUUCAACUUUUCCCCCGAUGCCUUGAGAUGGAUGAAAUCAUACCUUGAAGGCAGAACUCAGUGUGUCAGAGUGAGCAAUGAGCUGUCGCCCACUCUUAGCUAUGAUGUGGGUGUGCCCCAAGGGUCAAUACUGGGGCCCCUCCUGUUCAGCCUGUACAUUAAUGAUCUGCCUUCUGUCUGUACUGGGUCUGAAGUUCAAAUGUAUGCAGAUGAUACAGUGAUAUAUGUGCAUGCAAAGAGCAAACAACAAGCUGCACAAGAACUCACUACUGUAAUGGUCCAGGUUACAAAGUGGCUCAGUGACUCGUGUUUGCAUCUCAAUGUGAAAAAAAACUGUUUGCAUGUUCUUCACAAAGAGGGCAACAGAUGCUACUGAGCCAGAAGUCUAUGUGUCAGGGGAGAAGCUCCAGGGGGUAUCUGAUUUUAAGUACCUUGGCAUCAUACUUGAUUCCAACCUCUCUUUUAAAAAGCAUGUGAAAAAGGUAAUUCAAAUAACCAAAUUCAACCUAGCUAAUUUCCGAUUUAUACGAAAUUGUUUGACUACAGAGGUAGCAAAACUGUACUUCAAAUCUAUGAUACUCCCCCACUUAACAUACUGUUUGGCUAGUUGGGCCCAAGCUUGCUGUACAACAGUAAGACCUAUUCAGUCUGUCUACAAACAGGCUCUCAAAGUGCUUGAUAGGAAGCCCAAUAGCCAUCAUCACUGUCACAUCCUUAGAAAGCAUGAGCUCCUGAGUUGGGAAAAUGUUGUGCAAUACACCGAUGCAUGUCUUGUAUUCAAGAUCCUAAAUGGCUUGGCUCCCCCUCCACUCAGUAUUUUUGUUAAACAGAAAACCCAAACAUAUGGCAGCAGAUCCACAAGGUCUGCCAUGAGAGGUGACUGUGUAGUUCCCCUAAGGAAAAGCACCUUUAGUAAAUCCGCUUUUUCUGUGAGAGCUUCCCAUGUCUGGAAUACACUGCCAUCAGACACACAUAACUGCACCACAUAUCACACUUUCACAAAAUGCUUGAAGACAUGGCUAAAGGUCAAUCAGAUUUGUGAACAUGGUCCCUAGCUGUGUGUUGCCGCUUUCCAUGUCUGUUGUCUGUAACUUGUGAGGUGUGGAAACACUUUGUUGCUUUUAUGAAUUUUGUCUUGCUGCUUUUUGUUCUAUGUUGCUCUGUCUGUAUGCUACGUCUUGCUUGUCCUAUGUUGCUAUGUCUGUAUGCUAUGUCUUGUUCUAUGUUGUUAUUGUCUAUAUUGUAAUUGUUUUUAAUAACCUGCCCAGGGACUGCGGUUGAAAAUUAGCCGGCUGGCUAAAACCGGCACUUUUACUGAAACGUUGAUUAAUGUGCACUGUCCCUGUAAAAAUAAACUCAAACUCAAACUCAAACUGAUUAACACUGAGGUCACUUAGGGGAGCAGGGGACAGGCUAACUGUUUUGAUCCUUUUUGGUUUUGCUCACCUCCAAGGUAGCAAAAGCUGUUAGUGCAGAACGUCUGCAUUCAGAUCAGCCUCUUAUUACUACACAGCUUGUUAAUGAAGAAUUACUUUAGGGCAAAGGGUUUUGGAAGUUGAACAUAACCUUAUUGGAUGAUGUAAGAUGAAUUGAUGACACCAAUAAAACACCACCUCUGAUUGGCUGAUAUAUAUAUUAACAUAAUAAAACAUGACUUUAUUGUUUACUAACCACUCCUAUAAACCCCACCUUUGACUCACAUGAUGAGGGUAAAGUGCAUGUCAGAGAGUAAAGUACAGAUCAGCACUGUAACAUUCAGCUCUCUGGUGUUAAGCUCCACAACAUUUGGAUUUACCUUGUAAGAGAAAGAGAUAUUAGAAGACAUACCAUCAUCGGAAAUGUAAUCUUGAAGUGCAGCUUCACUUUAGGUUGGAAAUUAUACAUUUGAGCGGAUUAGUUUCUCUUGAAAGUGGAAAUUGUGGAGAGUAAGUGAAAGUUAUCUUCAGAAGCUGUUACAGAACAGGGAGUGGCACUGUGUAAGAAAAUGGCAUCCAAAUCGUCUCUCCCAGAGGAGAAUUUCAACUGUCCUGUCUGCUUUAGCGUCUUCAAGAAUCCUGUCCUCCUGUCGUGUAGCCACAGCUUCUGUAAAACCUGUCUGGAAUUAUGCUGGCAACAGAAGGAACCACGGGAAUGUCCAGUUUGCAGGAGAAGAUCCUCAAUGAAUCCGCCAUUGAACCUGGCUCUAAAGAACCUGUGUGAGGCCUUCUUACAGGAGAGGAGUCAGAGAGCUUCAGUUGGGUCUGAGGUACAGGAGGGGAGUCAGAGAGCUUCAGCUGGGUCUGAGGCACAGGAGAGGAGUCAGAGAGCUUCAGUUGGGUCUGAGGUACAGGAGGGGAGUCAGAAAGCUUCAGCUGGGUCUGAGGUGCUCUGCAGUCUGCACAGUGAGAAACUGAAACUCUUCUGUCAGAGGGAUAAACAGCCCAUCUGCAUGGUGUGUCAGACCUCAAAGAAACAUAAAUCUCAUGUCUGUGUCCCUGUAGAUGAGGCUGUACAGGAUUAUAAGGAGGAACUUCAAACUGCCCUGAAGCCCUUACAGGAGAAGCUGGAGGUCUUCAAUAAAGUUAAACUAACCUGUGAUCAAACAGCAGAGCACAUUACUAGCCAGGCCUUGCACACAGAAAAGCAGAUUAGGAAAAAGUUUGAGAAGCUUCGCCAGUUUCUACAAGAGGAAGAGGAGGCCAGGAUAGCUGCACUGAGGGAGGAAGAGCAGCAGAAGAGUCAGAUGAUGAAGAAGAAGAUUGAAGAGAUGAGCAGAGAUAAAUCGUCACUUUCAGACACAAUCAGAGCCAUAGAGGAGGAGUUGAAAGCUGAAGACAUCUCAUUCCUGCAGAACUUCAAGACCACAAAGGAAAGAGCCAAGUGCACACUGCAGGAUCCACAGCUGGUCUCAGGAGCUCUGAUAGACGUGGCCAAACACCUGGGCAACCUGCAGUUCAGAGUCUGGGAGAAGAUGCAGGGGAUCCUCAAAUACACUCCUGUGAUUCUGGACCCCAACACUGCACCUCCAGAGCUCUCUCUGACUGAUGAUCUGACCAGUGUGAGAUACACAGGCACAAAACAGCAGCUCCCUGACAACCCAGAGCGAUUAAUGAAGUAUAUAGAUGUUCUGGGCUCUGAGGGGUUUAGCUCAGGGAAACACAGCUGGGAGGUGGAGGUGGGGGACUACCGUCGGUGGAAUCUGGGCGUGGCUAAAGAGUCCCUUGACAGGAAGGGGGAACGGGAUGCAUCACCACAGCAUGGAAUCUGGUGUAUAGAGCAGCAGAGUGGUAAAUAUAAAGUAGGAGGAGGUGGCAUCAUCACUCUGAAGAGGAGACCCCAGAGGAUCAGAGUGCAGCUGGACUACAACAAGGGGAAGGUGUCCUUCUACGACCCCAAAGACAUGACACUCAUCUACACUCUUAAAGACACAUUUACUGAGAGACUGUUCCCAUACUUUUAUAUUGGAACGGUUGCUGAUGCCAACCGCCUUGAUGUACAGAUCUGCCAAUCAAAGGUGUCUCUGACAGUGAUGUCAUCCUGAUGAGGUGUGUGUGUGUGUGUGUGUGUGUGUGUGUGUGUGUGUGUGUGUGUGUGUGUGUGUGUGUGUGUGUGUGUGUGUGUGUGUGUGUGUGUGUGUGUGCGUGUGCAUGUGCGUGCGCGUGUGAGAAACAUUGUCAGUUUCAGUGGACAUUAUCACAAGAUCAGUUUUGUGGUUAAAAUUAAUAUUCACAUAAUUUCUAGAAACUACGGGACAUAAAUAUCUCUAUACUUACAAUGUGCUUCACUUCUAAGAAUCAAUUGUUUAUAAUAAUAAAUGUAUCCAGGGUGAAUCCUGGUUGGUAUUCUAACAAGACGAGGGUGCUGCAUUGGGAAAAUCUCACAUAAGUAAAAUAUUUGUUUCUAAUGCAAUAAAAAAAUGUAUGUGAAAUACCGUAUAUUUCUGUAACAACAGACGAUUAAGACUAUCAAAUCUAACAGUAUCUAAUCUAAGGUGGUGACGACUGUGGGCUGAAUAAGAGUUCUCUCAGAUCAGGUGGUGGCGAUAUGAUUUGUUAACUUCUGUUUAGACUGACAUUUUAGAUAGACCUGUCAGUAGUGAUAGACCUGUCAGUAGUGAUAGACCUGUCAUUAGUGAUAGACCUGUCAGUAGUGAUAGACCUGUCAUUAGUGAUAGACCUGUCAGUAGUGUUAGACCUGUCAGUAGUGAUAGACCUGUCAGUAGUGAUAGACCUGUCAGUAGUGUUAGACCUGUCAGUAGUGAUAGACCUGUCAGUAGUGUUAGACCUGUCAGUAGUGAUAGACCUGUCAGUAGUGAUAGACCUGUCAGUAGUGUUAGACCUGUCAGUAGUGAUAGACCUGUCAGUAGUGAUAGACCUGUCAGUAGUGUUAGACCUGUCAGUAGUGAUAGACCUGUCAGUAGUGAUAGACCUGUCAGUAGUGAUAGACCUGUCAGUAGUGUCAUCCCUGUAAUGUCCUGUGAUCUAUAUAUGAUGAUUUGAAUGAUUGGUUGUGGUAUGCUAUGAUGUUGUUAUUCUUGUUGUUGAUGUUGCAGACGUGCCCAAAUAAAUUUCCCCUCAUGGAUAAAUAACGAUUUUUAUAAUUGAAUUGAAUUGAUAAUAAAAAAAAACUGUGAAACCAUUUUAAAAAACUGUCAGUCAGCUUUCCCUAAUUAAUACCCAUCAACCCUCCUGGUUUGGACACAUUGAUAAAUGCAACCACCCACAUAAAUGACAACCACCCACAGACUAGGGAAAUAUUAGUAUUUAAGUACAAAAUGGGGCCUUUGGUAGCAGCCAUACAAGAAGUAACACUUUCUGACCAACUGGUCACCAUGACAGUGAAAUACAUAAGAUAAUGCUGGGAGUAUCUAGCAGUAACCACCACAUCUUAGAUCUCUACCCGGUACAGCCAGAAGAGGACUGGUUACUGAUCUGGUUCCUCUUUCGGUUUCAUCCUAGGUUCCUGCCUUCUAGGGAUGUUUCCACUGUGUUUCUGCCACUGCAUUGCUUACUCUUUUGAGGUUUUAGGCAGGGUAUCUGCAUAGCACUUUGUGACAACUACUGAUGUAAAAAGGGCUUCAUAAAUACACUCUUGGACACGUUGAGGACAGAGGUGGACGGAGCCACACACACAUUCAGAAAUCACACACGUCAGGGUAUCCUAUCAUGUCAACUUUUUGAUAUUUUAUUCAACAAUUACAUUAAUUAGAUUUUAUUUGUA